AUGCUGCAGCACAUCUGGCUGCGCAGCGCCCUGAGUCCCUACUUCAAGAGCAUGUUCUCGGAGAACUGGCGGGAGGCGCGGGAGAACGAGAUCAGCAUAGAGAUCGUCGACCCCAACAUCACCAUGGCCGGGCUGGAAACGGCGCUGGGCUCGCUGUACCAUGACGAGGUGCAGCUGCAACCGGCCGACGUCGUGAGCGUGGUGGCGGCGGCGGCACUGUUCCAGCUGGACGGCCUGCUGACCCAGUGCGGGGAGGUGAUGAUGUCCUGCGUCAAUGUUCAGACAGCCAUCGUAUUCCUGGAGGCGGCCACGGCGUACAGCCUGCGCCCCGUCCAACUUCGCUGCCAGCGCUGGCUGGAGACCAACCUCAUGACGCACGUCAACGACCAGCCGUCGGUGCUGCGGCAGGUCAGCCCGGCGGUGCUGAGCUCUCUGGUCGCCUCGCCUGCGCUGGUGGUGCACCAGACAGAGUUCUCGCUGUACGUGGUGCUGAAGGUGUGGCUGUUUCUGCGCCUCUGCGCGGACUGGGAAGGCGGUGGCAGUGCCGCCGUCGUUGCCGCUCACAAGUUCUUCCAGCAGCGGGCCGCGGAGGAGCCCCUGCUGGACUCGGAGGAGGCCGGCGCGCUGGCGGCGCCGUUCCGGGCGCUGCGGCACCAGCACCUGGUGCUGCACCCGCUCGACUUCGAGGUCCUCCACGCCGACAACAUCAUCCCGCCCGGCUGGCUGGCCGGCCUCUAUCGCCACCAGUGGCUGACGCUGCUGCGACUCGACCAGGGAUUGGUCGAGCCUGGCUGGAGCCGUGACGUCACCGAGGCACAGUUUGACGCAUGCGCAUUGCGCUGCGGCCGCACGCUGAAGGACCGACAGAAGGUCACCUGGCGGUGGACGGGCUUCAACUUCGGCGUUGACCUGGUGAUGGUUCACAGUCGUCGUCAGAUCUCGCUGCGGAGGAACGUCCGCCAGGAGCUGCCCCUGCUCAUCAGCCAGGCUAACAGCCGAGACGUCAUCUACCGGGUGACGGCCGUCUGCCUGGACGAGCAGCGCUCCCCCCGUCACACGCAGAGCAGCGGCUUGACGGCCGUCCAGCUGGCGCGCGGCCAGGAGGUGCGCGUGCUCACGCUGGACGAGGCGGCCACGUACCCGCUGUUGCUGGCGGUCAGCGUCAUGACGGCGCCGGGGCCCUGGCGGCCGCCCGCCGAACCGUAGCGGCUGGCGGCCGCGGCGGCCCCGGGCGAGGGGCGAGGAGGGGAGGCGCCCCGACUGGAGGUGAACCUCGAGCUAACGGUGGGAGCUUGGAGUGGUCCGAAGGCUGGGUUGAGUGACUUGAAAUGGCUGCAAGACCGGCGUCUGGGACUCGAGGUGUGUGAGUCGGGGGCAGGUCGCCCGCGCGGUGCCGGCUCUUGGCGGAUAAGUGGAUGGCGGGACAUCUAGUGGCGGAGUGUUGAACCUGUAGGGACGUGCUUGUACAUUGGCGGCGCUAGUGGACGACCAGCUGUGGUGUUCUCGUUGAUCGCGAACGGCUGUCAAUCGCCCUAGCGUAUGAUCUCAGGCACGGAGACCUCGGACUGUUCGGGUGUGGAGGCUCAAAAGAGACCGGCGUUUUGGGUUCUCAUCUCCCAGUCACCUGUGACGAUCUCAGCAUCUCACCUGAGAACCUGAGAGACAACCAUUGCCUUGAAACGACUCGGGAAGCAGUUACUCGCAAAUGACUCGAAAGCCGAGCGCAUGAUCUCGACGUUGCGUGAAGCGCUUCGAAAUGACUCGAAACACGAGCGUAGUCUCGCGGUGUGCCUAAAUUUGGGUUCAGCGUCCGGCAGCAGGCUUAGUCGACGCCAGUGCGCGGACCGUCACGAUCACGUGACAUGUUCCGUUCGCCAAUGGCAGAAAUGGUCACACGCGGUAUUGCUAAAUUUGCUGUGUGCCUCCGCCAACCGGCCGUCGAGCGGGGAUUUUGGGCCGUGGCGCCCUCCCGACCAAGCGGGAGGUUUGUGAACUUGUUGGUGGCGACUUCCGCUCUUUUUCGGUAU